AUGGAUGAUUACAAAUUCUUCAAUUAUGAGGAUGAUAUCGAUCAAGCUUAUAAAGCAAGCAUAUAUACUAUAUCAGACACAUCAAAUUCCGAGUUCUUUCAACAAAAAGAUGAAUUGAAAAUCAGAAUUAACUUAAUGGACAGCAUUAGAGCGGCACAAGAGCAUUAUAAUGCUAAAAAUGCAGAUAUGCUGAAUGAAGCACUAUCGAAUAUUAGGUUAUUGCUUCCUUGUAUUUUUAAUGGAGUAAAUCAAAUAAUAAAAGACCUUAAACUCAUUGAAUUCCUAAUUAAUUUGGCUAAUGAAGAAGUUCAAGAGUGCUUUUAUCAUGUUAUUAGUUGUUUAUCAAAUGUUUAUGCUUGUAAAUUUGACAAAGAUAUGGAAUUACAUCUUGAUGAGCUAUUUCCUAUUAUUUUCAAGCAUAUAGAAAGCGAAGACAUUCCUUUGAGGUUCCAAAUAUUUGCUUGUUUAUCAAAUGUUAUCCAAUAUUCUGAAGUUUAUAUCGAUCAAAUUUUAGAACUGCUUCCAUUGGAUAUGAUGAUUGAGAACUCUUUAAACUAUGGAGUUCCUUUCAUUCAAGUAACUUUAUUGAUAAUUACUCAAGUAAUGAAUUAUUUCAAGAUAUGUCCACAGGAAGAUGUCUUAAUUGAAUUCUUUAUGCAUGUUAUUACUAGUGGUGCUGGAAAACAACUUUUUGAUAAUUUAGGAAUUGCAUUAAUUGCAACUCUCAAAGUUAGCAAAGAAAUAUUGCAACAAUAUUUCCAAUCAGGUCUGUUUGUUAAGUUGUCUGAGCUGAUUCGAACGAUUUUACCCGAUAGCACCUCAAUUUUAUUCCAAUUUCUUUCAAUUGCGUUUGAUAGGAUUCCUAGUGAUGCAGAAUGUGAUGGACAGCUAGUUAGAAGUAUUAUUCUACAAUCAUAUCCUAUUUCAGAUUUAUUUUUAUUAUAUCAAAAAACAUCUUUAUAUGAAUUAAGAGAUAUUUUACUCAAACUAAGCAAAUAUAGUUUGGUUUAUAACCUAGAUAAUGUUAAUGGAUCUGAUACUCUUAAAUUUGUUAUGGAGCUGCUUGAACAAUUUAAUGAUAUGCAAUUUAGUACCAAAUCUGCUGCACUUGGUUUUAUAAUGGCAUUUGCAUUAUUAACUGAUGAAAGUACCCUUGAUUUGAUGUUGAAAAACGAUUUGGCCGAAACAAUUUUAUCAGGUUUAGAGUGGGGAUCUGAAAGUUUGAAAGGAAAGAUUAUUAAUAAUGUUUGGGAAAUGAUACAGAAGACACAAGGUAGCAUAAUUCAUGAUGAAUUAAUAAACCAACUCCGUGACGCUGAAUUAAUGGAAAGAAUCAAUGAUGUUUUAGAUUGUGAUGACUUAGAAGACGAAAGAAACGCAGAAAAUAUACUUGAUUACAUUUCAAAGCCCGAAGAUGAAACAAAUUAA